AAAAAAUUCUCGAAGCUGUGAAAAAUGCUCAAUCUUUAAAUUCAAGCAUCAUUCGUAAACAUCAUGGUAUUAUCGCUGAGAUGGAAACAAUGUUAAAAUUAUGGUGUAAUAAUCAAGUAAAUGUGGAAAAUUGUCCUGUUGAUCAGAACACGGUGUGCUCUCAAGCUAAGCAGAUUUUUGAGAGAUUGAAAGAGGAUGCUGGAGAGGUAGCUAAAGAUGAAGAGUUUAAAGCUAGUAACAGUUGGUUCAACCGAUUCAAAAGUCGCUGUAAUUGGCAUAGCAUUGCAGAAAGUGGAGAGGCAGCAAGUGCUGAUAAAGAGGCUGCAUCUUACUAUCCAGAAAAAUUCAAAGCCAUGAUAGAUGAAGGUGGCUAUACCAGCCAAACCAUAUUCAAUGUAGAUGAGACUGGCUUGUUCUGGAAGAAGAUGCCUAAAAGAACUUUUAUCACACGUGAAGAGAAAACCUUUCCAGGUUUUAAGACUGCCAAAGAUCGAUUGACAGUGAUGGUUGGUGCAAAUGCAGCUGGUGAUUGUAAGUUAAAACCUCUCUUAGUUUAUCGCUUGGAAAAUCCAAGAGUAUUGAAAAAUAAAUCUAAAGCUGGCUUGCCUGUGAUUUGGAAGUUGAAUCGUAAAGCUUGGGUGACAGCUUCCCUUUUUGAGGACUGGUUUGGUCAUCACUUCAUACCUGAAGUCAAAUGUUAUUGCCAAUCUAAACAAAUUCCAUUUAAAAUGAUGCUAAUAAUCAACAACGCACCAGGUCAUCCCCCUGCAACUUUAACUAAUUUUGACCCACAUGUGAAAGUUGUAUUUUUGCCACCAAAUACAACCAGCUUGCUUAAACCGAUGGAUCAGGGAGUCAUUAAAAACAUUCAAAGCUUAUUACACGAGACAAUCAUUUGCACAUCUGCAUGAAGCUAUGAGACAAAACAAUGAGCUCUCUGUUAAAGACUUUUGGAAACAAUUCAAUGUUUUAGAUGCAGUGAGAAUCAUUGGACAAUCUUGGAAUAAGUUUCAC